GCUUUUACUAGGACCUCUAGAGAUUUCCAAUUGCAUGGCCAAAUGGAACUUUGAGCCAAAUGGGUGGCAAUUAUACUCUAAGAUGGAAAUAUUUAUACACCAGAUGGAUCAAUAUGGAAACCUUGUUCCAGGAUUGUAUGAAUUUGAUGCUGAAGUUUUUGAAAAAGAGACUAAUUUGUCUAUACCAGUUGCAGAUUUGCACUUUGAAGAAGUCAUGGCAGGAAUUCAGUUGUUUUCUUUUAGCAAUUCUGAACCAGGGAACUUUUCGCUCACAGUAUAUGAUAGCAAGCAUAACAAAAGCAUUUCCAAUAUGCCAUAUGCUUAUACUGUCUUUGUAGGUUACAGCGAUGGGUUGAAAAGUGUUGUCAAUGGUUCUGGUUUAAACAAUUCGGUUGCUGGGAAAAUGGCAGAGUUCUCAGUUUAUUUGAACGAUUUUUAUCAAUAUCCCUCUCCAGUUGAAGUAGAAAGGCUUCAAGUACAGAUUGUAAGGCAAAUUGAUUCCUAUUAUGUAUUGCCAAGCAUAUCACCUCUGCAUAUCAUCAAUGGCAGUGAACCCACUAGAACAUUAAGAUAUGGUGCGACCAGCCAGAUUGAAAUUGCUCCUUCACCAUCUGUGGACCUGAGUAACACUUCUGUUGGGAGCUCAAAAGUUCGGGCCAGUUCCUUUAAUGUGGCUUAUACACCUGAUAAGAGUGGGAUUUAUGAAAUUCGUGUAUUUUGUGGAAAUGUUCUACUGAAUGGUGGUCAUUCAAUCACCAAGGAAGUAAUACCAGGGGAAGUUAAUGUGUCGCUCUCAGGAGUUCUGAGAUACGCUCCCAAGGUGCCAAAGCAAAUAAAGAAUGAAGUGGUAGUGCAGCUCAUGGAUUCAUUUCAUAACCCUGUUUUGUCAGAACAAUCAAGGCUGAAAUUAGAGAUUGCUUCUGUCAACAAUUCUGGUUUCUCAACUGGGAUGUUUGUGGAUAACAAUGAUGGAACAUACACUGUAAAUUAUCUGGCUAAGGAUGUUGGAACUUAUGAGAUGUGUGCUUCUUUUGAUGGAAAUCGUUUUCUACCCUGUCCCUUUGGGGUCAAUAUAUACAGUAGUGAAUAUUUUCCCAUGGCCUACAAUGAUACAAUACCUGUUUGGGAGGAUGAGUCCAUUGCUUUUGAUGCCUUAGCAAAUGACUACUUUGCUGGCCACAAUGCAAGUAUUUUUCAAUACACAAAACCAGCUCAUGGUUCACUCCUACAGUAUGGAAGGCUUCUUAGAUACACUCCUUACAAAGAUUAUUAUGGGAAUGAUUCUUUUUCUUAUACUAUGUCUGAUAUAAAUGGAAAUCUUGCUAUUGCUGCUGUAAACAUUUCUGUUCUUAGUAUCCCACCCCAGUUUGUUUCCUCUCCAAGCCUACUACAAGCAACUGAAGAUGUAUUAAGUCCCAGGUUUGGGGGUUUCUCUGGGUUUGAGAUAAGAUAUUCAGAUCAGAUGGAGAACAUCUCUGUUAAUCUCAGUGCACAAUCUGGGAUUAUCUUUUUGUCUCCAAUGCUGAUGCAAUUUUGGCAGCCAAUGUGGAGUGGACUCUCUGUAAAUAGAGGGGGUGAAGAAGCGAAGGACUUGAUUUUAGAAGGUUCUUUGGAAGUAAUCAAUUCUGCACUUCAGGCAAUUCAGUAUCUUGGAAAUCAGAACUUCAGUGGAAAUGAUACGAUUCGAGUGUCUACUAGGAACAAGAAUGGAAAAAAUGAUUUGGAUGUUCCAGUUUUUGUGGAGCCUAUUAACGAUCCUCCAUUUAUUCAUGUUCCUGAAAUUAUUAUCCUGAAGGGUAAUGAAGAUGAGACACUGAUUUAUAACAGAGAACAUGACAAAUUUGAGUUCUAUAUUGGGGAUCCAGAUCUUCUUAACUUCCCUGGUGGUGAGAUGAACUUUAUUGUCACAUUUUCUGUGGAAGUUAGUGAUGGAUUUUUGGUCACUAGUUUACCAGCUGAGCUCAUCGAUACAACUGAACUGAAGCUAAAGAACAUUUAUCUUUGGCAACCUCUUCAGACGUAUGUCACUAUCUCAAAACAUUUUACAGUCAAAGCUAAUGGUAUUAGAUUCCGGGGCACAGUGAAUGACUGCAACAAUAUUUUGAAACAGCUGUUUUAUCACGGUGGAGGACAUGGUGCUGUUUUAACACUGACAUUAAAUGAUAUGGGAAACUAUGGGUGUUAUCCAGAUUGUUCUGAAAGGGUAUCAUUGCCAUUAUAUACUGAGGCUGCUGUAAAUCUAAUAAGAAGAAGGCCAAUGAGUUCAUUGGUAGCUCAUUCCCUAGGAUCAGCUAUAGUUGUGGAAUCUUUCAUGGUGUUCUCUCUUGGGGUGUUGCUUCUAUUUUUUACAUGCAAAUGUGCAAUUCUUCUUGUAAAUGAAAGAAGCAGCCGACAGAUGAAGACUUCUGAGCUAUCUAUUGUUCAAAGUUCCCAUGAACAAACUCCAAGUACAACUCUAUCUGAGGAUGCAGUUUACUACACUGGGUGGUGUUCAAGUCCCUUCUUGCUUGGCAGCCAAUUGUCCAACUUUCGCAAGCGCUCCAGCCGUCUAUUUGGGAAAGGAGAAUCUAGCAACGCAGCAUUUGGCUCUUCUAAAUCGUUUGGGGAUCAAAGUCAGCAGACUUCUUUCAUGCCACUUGCCAUUGAAAAGGGACAAAGUGAAACAGCUUGAUAUGUUGUAAAAAUUUAAACUAUGACUUUGUAUAACCUUUUCAAAUGACUUUGUAUAUUUCUUGUUUUUAAUGUACUUUUCAAUUUUCAUUUA